AUGACUAUAUGGAAUCCCAAACUAAAAGGAGAUCACCAAUAUAGUUCAUCUGCUUUGUAUGUGGAGGAUGGAGAUAAUCAAAUACGAGUUGGAUGGAUAGUAAACCCUGCAUUAUAUGGUGAUUCGCGCACUCGAUUAUUUAGCGGAUGGACAAAGGACAACUAUGGAAAAAUUGGAUGCUAUCUUAGUCAUUGUCCGGGAUUUUUGAUGACUUCAAAUGUUGUACCACUUGAUUAUCCUUUUCCCAACAUGUCUGAAUUUGAAGGAGAACAAUUCGAUGUGACUUUCGAAGUUGUAAAGGGUUCUUUCGAUGGUUGGGAAUUAAAAUUCAAUGACCAAGCACUUGGUUCAUGGGCCAGUUCUUUAUUUUCAAAGAUGGGUAAAAGCGCCAGCCAAUUGAGAUUUGGAGGGGAAUGUUACAAACUGGAAGGUCAAAGUACUAGCCCUGAAAUGGGAAGUGGGAGGUUCAAAAAUGAGCAAUAUGAUAAAACGUGUUAUAUGCGUCGAGUUAGUUAUACUGAUCCUGAAUACGGUUCAACUGUUCUUAGUGAUGAUAUAGUUAAGACUCAAAUUUCUAGAUGUUACUUUGCAUCCAGUAUGGGAUACAAUUUCAAAGAUUCUUGGUACCAAUACUCUUUCUUUUUUGGAGGUGGCGGUGGCCUUGAUGGAGGUAUAUGUCCGGAUAAUUGA